AUUUAAACCGUAUGAGAGAAAAGAGAAAGACUGGCACUGCAAAGAAGAUCAAAUGUAUGCAGAGAGGAAUAAGUCACACAAAUUAACAAGAGUUUGGCUCGGGGCUCUGCUGUAACGGGGCCAGUGGAAAGCCCUUCAGACUGCAUGUUAGAGGCUGCAGUCGACUCAUUCUUUCCAACAGCUCCGGGCUCCAGAGGAGCGCCGCUGCAAACACACACACACACACAAAAAACACGUCGGCUGUCGUUUCCCUACAAGCUAAUUUGGAGAUGCUCCGGUGGACGGUAAGCAGGGCCUGGCUCUGCUUCUCCUGCUGCCUCCUGCUGGCUCUCGGCUCCCAAGCCAAGAAUGCAAGAUCUGAUUUCCCAUUUGAACAAGAAUCAGGGGAACCUGACUUCGAGGACUUGGAAAUGGGUUCUGGAUCAUCUCUGCUGCAUCUCCUCCACAACUUCCCUGCUGACAGUCCCUUCAUUAAGGAGUCCCCAGAAAUACCGGUCAAUUGCACCCAGCGCUUCCGGUUACCACCGUCCUCUCCAGUCUGCUGGGAAAAUGUAGCCGAGCCCGAGGAGUUUGCAAAGUCCCGUCUGCUUGUCCUCCAGAACAGAGCCGCGCUGCAGGCUGUGUCCGACCUCAGCGGUGUGGAGGACACGGGGAUUUCCUACAACCACCAAGCCACCGAGGAGGUCCAGGGCAUCCAGUCAGACCACCAGAAAGUGAUGGAGACGAUGCACACCAUGGAGACCGUAUUUGUCUCACUGCAGGAGAAAAGAAAAGAGGGGAAGGAGCAAGGCAUUCUUACCAGCAUGAAGGAGCACCUUGCCAGCACGAGGGAGGCUAUACAUGGAAAAGAGCUCAUGGCAAACAACCUGGAGAGUCGGUUUUCCACUUUGGAGAAGACGCUGGUCAAUAUACACCUCCGACUCAGCAAACUCAUCCGACAAUGA